CAUUGGGUCAAGAAGUGAGCAGAGUACACACAACUAGAAGAAAAGCAAGGCCAAGGUCGCCAUGGCUUCAGUGUCUACUCAUGGGAACCAAGAUAAAGGUCCCCAUUUGCCACCACCAAGCAAGCAGAGCCUGUUAUUUUGUCCAAAAUCGAAACUCCACAUCCACAGAGGAGAGAUUGCAAAGAUUAUCCGAGAAUGUCAAGAAGAAAGUUUCUGGAAGAGAGCUCUGCCUUUUUCUCUUGUAAGCAUGCUUGUCACCCAGGGACUAGUCUACCAAGGUUAUUUAGCAUCUAAUCCAAGAUUUGGAUCAUUGCCUAAAGUUGCACUUGCUGGUAUCCUGGGAUUUGGACUUGGAAAGGCAUCAUACAUAGGAGUAUGCCAGAGUAAAUUCCAUUCCUUUGAAGAUCAGCUCCGUGGGGCUGGUUUUGGUCCAGGGCAUAACAGGCACUGCCUGCUCACCUGCGAGGAAUGCAAAAUAAAGCAUGGAUUAAGUGAGCAGGGAAGUUCACAGCCUUCAGCUUCCUAAAGUUUGUUUUUGAAAUUUCUUGAACCUCUGCAUUUGUAUGCAUUUAAAAUUUCAAGUGUACUUUGUAGUAACAGAUUUAUA